AUGAAUGUAACAUGGAUUUCUCAUAACAUUUUUAAAUUUUUGCUCUUUAAUUAUAUGUGCGAAAUAAUUAGUACCAAGGUAAAAGUGAUCGGAAUUUUACUAAACAGAUUAAUGUAUUCCACUAAUGAUGUUGAAAUUCGUGAAACCAUUUCACAAUAUUCAUUACAAAUUAUAUAUAGGCCACUUAGAUUCUGCGGAAUAGGACUUUUCCAAUUUGGUUUCCAAUUUCUUUACAGGUUCGUCAUGUCAAUUGCGACUGUUUUGGUUAUAGUGAUACAAGCGCGCGAAAAUAUAUAA